AUGUCUACCCGCGACGACUCGUCUCUGGGCGCCUCGCCGCCAUCCUUCGACUCCCUCGUAGCUGCUCCUCCUCCGACAUAUGCUUCAUUCUCCCCAGUUACACUCUCGGCCACGACACCCUCGAGGAACAGCCGUCGAUCGACCGUCCUGGUUCACCAGAAGAGCCCGCUGCUCCUAGCCACACCUCCGCAGAUCACGCGCGCGCUCGCCUAUAGCCAUCCUUUCCUACUUCCGCUCAACACAUUUGUCGGGCUUCUAACAUGGAGCACCGGAGACCCCUGGCAGAGCUUCCUAUUGCUGUGCGCCUUUUGGGCGGUCGUCCUCUACGGCGAUGUCGUGCUUAUGCGAGCCGGCCCCAUCGUUGUCUGCAUGGCGCUGAUAGCAGGCAUGUACGGCCGGCGAUAUAGUCCCUUGAGCAGCAGUGGCUGGACCGAGCCAGCGCGACAGCCUGGCCACGCUCGGGCUAGGUCGGAAAUUACAAAUACCAAACAUCAGAAGACGUUGGAUGAAAUCGUCGAUACACUCAAGGAGUUUACUGGCAGAUGCAAUGUCCUCAUGGAUCCUCUUCUCGAGAUGACCGACUUUCUAAGCACUCAGCGAACCCCUACCAGCGCAACCACCAGGCCAGCACUCACUGCCAUGUUUAUGCGCCUCCUUAUAGUGACGCCGUUUUGGGUCGCUCUGACCAUGUCCCCAUUUAAAAUCAUUACUACUCGACGUGUUGUGCUACUUGCAGGAUCAAUUGUCUUGACAUGGCAUGCCAGAGUGAUGCGAGUUUCUAGAACUAUUAUUUGGAGAAGCGCAACCGUUCGCAAACUUGCUGGAGCUAUCACUGGUCUCCGUUUUGAAAACCCACCAAAGCCACCGCCUAGUAAGAACGGCACAAACGGAAAGGAGUCACAGAUGAGUUCUGGAAACGAUGCUAAAAGCGCCGGCGUCAAGUUUACUUUUAUCAUUUACGAAAAUCAGAGGCGGUGGAUCGGGUUGGGGUGGACUACUAAUCUUUUCGCAUACGAACGGCCUGCGUGGACAGAUGAACACAACAACGCCGUGCCACCGAGGGACGAGUUUGAGCUUCCUGAAGUCGAGGAUGGAAGUCGUAUGAGAUGGCGAUGGGUGGAGGGUAGCAAAUGGCGGGUAGAUGGCGUGAGUGAAUCUGAGGAGCAGGGCACAGUGGAUUACGAUGGUCCUGAUGGAAAGAAUGGGUGGAUAUACUAUGACAACAAGUGGCAAAAUGGCCGGCGGGGACUUGAUGGAUGGGGUCGGUGGACACGCCGCAGAAAGUGGUAUCGUGAUGCCGAGUUGGUAGAGGUGGACGAAUCCCAACUUCCUCAUGCUCAUGAACUAGACGCUACAGAAUCUACGUCGCCACCGCACACAACAUCUUAUAGUACCGCCAACGAAAAAAUGCGAGCUGAGCCUAUCAUCUCCCCACCAGACGAAGACCAAGUUGCGGACGAUCUGAAUACAAAGAUUGCGGAUGAUACAAUCUCACUUCACUCGACAACAUCAUCACGGUUCUGGCCAACCCUGAGGAGACGCACUACGGACCGUUCCGGGGAUAGUCUCCGCCUGGACAGUCAGAGGCAGGAGAAGCGACGAAGUGGUAGCCAGAGGCCGAGGAGAACGAGCGACGUUGCUAGUGACAUCGCUGGAGAGGAUGAUACGAGCUCAUUGAACAUUUCGGUGGCGCUGGAGCUGCAAAAGCAGGGCAAAGAAGGCGGGCAAUGGGGGAUCGGAGAUGAAGCCCGCAUGAGUUUGGAAUGA